AUGCCUUCUCUUCUUCUCGUUGUAUUCAUCUUGCAGCUUGUGCUUUACAUCAUCAACACGGUCGGCGCCAGCACAGUCAAUGAUCUGCUAUGGAUACUCUACAAUAAGCUUCCAACGCCUACUUCUGGCUCAGCACAGAAGGUACAGAAACUCAAGAGGGAGAUUGUACAGUUGAAGCGCGAGCUGGGAAAUACAUCGCCACAAGACAACUUCUCCAAAUGGGCCAAGCUUGACCGCCAACACAACAAGGCGACAACUUUCACCUCUGCGGUCUCGACCUUACGAUGGAUUGGCACACAGGGGCUCCGCUUCGCCCUACAAUUCUGGUUCGCCAAGUCGCCCAUGUUUUGGAUACCCACGGGCUGGGUACCAUACUAUGCUGAGUGGAUAUUAAGCUUUCCACGCGCGCCUUUGGGAAGCGUGAGCAUAAACAUCUGGGGUAUUGCAUGCGCAAGCAUGAUAAAGCUGAUGGCUGACGCUUUGACCGCGACAUGGGUACUGGUCAUGCAUAGGCCGACUCCGUUGGCAGCGGAGAAGCAGCGAGGAAAGCAGGAGGCUAUGGCAUUCGAGGCAGACCAGAGGCCGGCUGAGAAGAAGGAACUCUAG